CAUCGCGCAUGCGCGCCAGGGCGGGUUUCUGGUACUUUCGCAGGCUCCUGGGCAGAAGGCGGAGACGACUGUUGGGUGCGGAAGGUGAGAAUUUUCGAGCAACUUCUCGGUUGGACGGAGGAGACGACCAGGGGCCGUUGUUCUCUUGCUGUACUUUAGGUGUACGUUUCACGAGCAGAACGAUGACGAGCUAUGUGAACGACAUGUGGCCCGGGUCACCCCAGGGCAAGGACUCCCCUUCGGGCUCCAGGACGGGCCGUUCCAGUCGGCUCUCGUCUAGGUCUCGCAGCAACUCGUCCUCUGCCAGUUCUCGGUCCCGCUCGAGCCUGUCCUCUCGCUCAUCUUCGUCUCGCAGUCGCAGCAGGUCGAGGUCUCAGUCCCGCCGGCGCCACCAGCGCAAGUACCGCCGCUACUCGCGCUCCUAUUCCCGGAGCCGAUCAAGGUCCCGCAGCCGCCGGUAUCGGGAGAGGCCCCAGCCUCGGGCUUACCGGAGGUAUUACCGAUCGCCCUCGAGAGGCAGGUCCCGUAGCCGGUCCAGGUCCCGCGGAAGGUCCUACUACAGGAGAGCUUACGUGGGAUCCCGGGGGCGAAGGUACUAUGGCUUCGGCCGAACGGUCUAUCCAGAGGCACACAAGAGCUGGAGGAACAGGUCUCGGUCCAGAUCCCGAAGCCGAACUCCCCUGCGUUUAAGUGAAAAAGAUAGGAUGGAACUUUUAGAAAUAGCAAAGGCUAAUGCAGCCAAGGCUUUAGGAACAGCCAAUAUUGACUUGCCAGCUAGUCUCAGAACUGGUCCACUAUCUAAAGACACAAACUAUGGAAAACAAAUACAAGGUGAUGCUACAAAACUCAUUGAGAUGUUUGAGAGAUCACAGAAGAAGAGGCCUGCAUCACUUGCAGAUAAGUUUAUUGUCAUUCUCCAGAGCUGUGCAGGAUGUUUGCAUUUGAAUCAGUCAAAUGCAAUGUGUUUUAUUUUCCCAUUACAUAAAAUUCAAAACUUUUUACAUUCCUUAGCUUUUUUGUUUAAGAAAAUAGGGGUGGUUAUGACUUAGCAGUUAGACUUUGGGAUUUAAUAGAAAACUUGGUUAUUGUCUAGUUUUUUAUAUAAAUGAAUAAAAGUAUUUGAAUGUUGCUAAUACUUAAAUUCUUUAACUCAUGUCUGAUUUAAAAGAAGAAAAGAUUCUGCCUCAGUGUUUUAUACUAUUUAAAGAGGUUUCUAUAAUACAGGUGAGAAAUGCCAUCCAGGGUGGUCUUAGAACCUGUUUAGGCAUGUGUUAACUACUUGGUGACAUAACUAUCAUAGUUUAGCUGUUUUUAAUGCAGAUCUAAUAGAUGAUCAAACUUAAGAUAUUCAUGCUUCCUUAAUUCUUGGUGAAGAAUGAUGGGAAACAGUGAAUUUAAGCUUGAGGUUUUCAUUCAACCUGGUAUGGCGUUUUCUAUAUCCACUUGGAUCUAGUUAUAGUUGAAUUUAUUGUAAUCUUUUUGCCUCAGUGGGGUUGUAAGUAAAAAGAGCCCUGCAUUAAGUUCUUAAGUUUACCAAAUUUAAGUCUGACAUUGAGUUAAUUUUUUUAGGGUAGGUCCUCAACAGACCAUCUGUUGUUGGUCCUGAUGUUACUAACUCUUUGAGUAGAUACAAAUUGUUCAUAAAAAUUUACAACCAAGUUUGUAUACUAAUGAACUCUGUUUUAUAGAAUAGUCAUCAAUUGGUUGACUGUUUUUAAAAAUAUUUUUUUUCUUACCCAUUUUUCUAGCCAUCAGGAAGAUUAAAUGAGAAUGUGUUUAAAACCUCAAAUGAAAGUUCUUCCCAGCAGAGAAGCCUAGCUUUCAGCUCUGGUGUAAGUGUAUAUAUGUAUGUAUGUAUGUAUGUAUGUAUGUGUGUGUGUGUGUGUGUGUGUGUG